GACGUGACGUGCAACGAUCCUUCAGUCUACGGCUGCGCGAGCCGGGUCGGGGUGCAGAGCGGCUGCUGUCCGUGCUCUCGUUGGCUGAGAGGCUCCGGCUGGAGGCCCCCUCUUCGUCCCGCCUCGGCCCCGUUCCCUCCCUCCCGUCCCGCCGUCGGCCAUGGACAACGGAGAUGUGUACAACCCCACCACGGAGGAUGUCCCGGCCUCCGCGAUCGUCCCCGGGCGCAGCUCCUGCAGCUUCUCCCUGGCCCGGCCCAGCCGGCUCCGGGCCCCCGUCAAGCUGGCCGAGCUGGUGCUGUCUCUGGUGGCCUUUAUCUGUGAAGAGGUUGUGUCCCGCUGCACGCGGUGUGGAGGCCUUUACUUUUUUGAGUUUGUUAGCUGCAGUGCCUUCCUCCUGAGCCUGCUCGUGGUUAUUGUCUACUGCACCAGUUUGUAUGACAGAGUGGACCAAAACAAAGUGAAGAAGUCGGAUGUCUAUAUCACUGCGAUAACUGGGUUAAUGUUUUUGAUAGCAUCAAUAACCUUUGCUUGCACCAGUGAUGGGACCUCACCCGAAACCGCUGCAGUUGUAUUUGGAUUUUUGGCGAGCACUGUAUUCCUAAUUGAUUUUGGUUUACUGAAGUUUGAAAAUGCUCGGAAGUCCCAGACAAGGAAACCUGAAGUCCCCCAAACCACUCUUACCCAGCCACUGAAUGGCUAGGAGAAUGGUAGAGAAGGCAGGAACCAGAGGAUAAGCAAGCCAGGUGGAGAGUGCUUGUAAAAUACAGAAUUGGACUCUAUUAAGACCAGCUCUCUAUGUUUAUUCACUUGCAGGGACCUAGGGGGAGAGGAUGAGGACGUGCUUUGUCAACCCAGCACUUUCAUCACAGCCCUGUCCAGGUUGCCUUUUUCCCAACUACUGCUAAAGUGUGUGCCUUAAUGAAAUUUCUUGUUGCUAUUUUUUUCUUUAAAACCCAUUUCCAUCAAGUGACAAACCUUUCUGUGAUACUGUGACAAGAUCACCUUGACUGUCUUGGCUUUCAUAUAGCACUAUGUGUUCAUAUGAAUGAUAUGAAAUGUUCAUCUGAUUGACCUUUGCUCUUAUUGAAUUAAUCUGCUUAUUUGAAAUUUUGGGGGAGAUUCUUCUCCCUUUUUUGAGGGCCUGCCUAGUUAAAUUGUUUAUAUUGAGAGCUGCUGGAAUGCAGUAGCAUUUAUUUGGGACGAGCUAGAACAAGGAACAUCAGCUGUCACCACCUUUAGAGGGAAAUCCCAGAGAAGGAAACUCCCUGUACCAAAGCAGGUGCAGACCUGCUUGUGGUCUCAGAGAGGGAGCUGCCUGGAGCCUGAAGAAUUGAAGGUAUUUACCCAGGGCCGCGUGCCCAGUAUGUGGCGGAGACGAGCCUUUGACCCACUCUGGCUCUGAGACCGCCUUUCUGACCUUUACACCAUGGCUGCCGCUUUGGGUACAAAUACUGUUUCUGUUCGUGUUGUCUCUAACCCUACAGAAUUAGGGGCCAAGUGUGCUUUAACCACCUUGAUGAGUAGAAAUAGUGCUAUUUGUGGUUGCAUGGACAUGCUGGCUUGUCAGGUGCCUGAAGAGGGUGGCUGUGGGUGUGAGGGAGAGAGGACCUGAGAUGGAGGGAGGCUGCCAGCUUUACACUUGCAUUGCAGUGAUGUCCAUCUAGUUGUGACCCUGCUCAGGGUUAGAUGCGGCAGUCUGGAGUUGAGAGGCAUUGCUGUAUGGACUUGCCUUCUCCCCACAUGAGUCUGGGAUAGCUUUCCUCAUUGAGAACAUGGGUGCCAGAUCCCCACUCUGAUGAGUUACAGGUUUAAGUUACAGAUUCACUCACUUUCAUUGGAAGAUUGUAUUGUGUUAUGAGAGGUAGGGCUGUGUCAUUAUAGAAUGUUCUGGAACCUCCUUUGUUUUCUGUGUAAUACUGCUUGUUGUAAUGCCUUUCCAUUAAUAUGUAAAUCUUGAAUAUAAAAAUAGAUUUUUCUUAUUAAUUCCUGUGAAUUAAUUUGUGGCCUAUGUGUCAAUGCUAGAACGAGUUCAACUGGUACUACUGAUUACUCAGCUCCUCACUAUUGCCUUAGGUGUUGAUAUUUCCCUGUGAAAAAGGGACAGUGGAACCUGGAGGGUUUUGCCUGUUCAUGCAUGCCCCACACCACCACGCUCUUCAUCCCCCGGCAUCCCCAUCACACACUGGUUUUCUCCUUGGGUUUUACUAAAGAGCCUGGGCACAGUGCUGCUGCCUUUUCCCACCACAAAAACCUGGUUUGCCAUCACAGUUCUCCUAGAUGGCCCAUCAGGAUUAAAACUACCCCGACUCUUAUUUCUUGUAUAUGAAUCAUAUUAGUUUGUAUCGCAACAUGACUCUUGGGUCCCGUCAAGAUAUGUGUUUUUGUUCACUAGAACAGGAGUCCCUUUUAAGCAGUAUGAAGCUCCCAUGGGAGCUAAACACAGGAAAUUUGACCUGAUCGGAGCAGUUUGGAAACUCCCUUUUGGACGUGUAGGAACAGACACGUAUGGGUACCAUUUUAUAUGUGUGUGUAGUAAAAGUUUCAAGACCAAAUUAGAAGCUUAGACGAAAGCUCUUCCGAGUGUGCUUUAAAGAGUACAGAGUGUGUGCACACAGAUCUAUUGUCUCAAAUAGAGAAUACCAAACUCUCUGCCCUAUGAUAAUGAGGUUUCUUUUGAGGCAAAUUAUGUAACUGGAUUUUGGGCUCUGCCUGUACUAACUCAGUGUUCUGGGUCAUGUCUUAGCAAAACUCUUGUUUGUAACGUGCUUGUUUUUGAAACUUUACAAUUCUUUUGAAAGAUCUAGUUGUGGCUUGUUCAGUAACUUAAUUUAUAAUCUCUUUCGCGAGGAUGUGGGGGAGUGGGGCAGUCAGCAGAUCUUUUUUUGCACUUUUAAGCUUAAACCACUACUUUUCCAAGUUUUCUAUUUCUCAACCUUUGAGUGACUGGUGACUUUAUCUUCCUUGGGAUGGCCAAGUUUGGCCGUUAGAUUAGGGUUCGUAUUGAGGUUGAGGGCAAUGUGGAAAUACCAUGCCUAACUCUGUUUGGUAGGUACAUAAAUGAAAUCAACUUAAGUUUGAUCUUCAUGGCUUAAGUGGUCAGAAUUUUCUUUUAAAUUCACCAAUUGGACCUUCAUUUGUAAAUCUCUAACGUACCACAGAUUGGAGAGUUAGUGGGGUAAAAACCAAAAACUAUUCCAUCUUAAGAUUCAAAACAAAAUUAGAAACUUGGAUAUCAAUGUCCUUUAAUGAAAAAUCUGUUAAAAGACUACAUUGUUAAAUUUCCAACUUUUGUUGAUGUAAUUUCCUUUUCUCUUUGCUUUCUGUUUAAUUUGAAUUUUCACUCAUUCUUCAGAAAUUAUAGGGUGAAUUUUUUUUAACAUGAAAGGCUUAUUA